AUGAAUAAAUACAAGUUUUUCACACUUUAUAUAAUAUUACGUGGGGGACUUUUAUUUUGAAAGUUUCUUAAAUUCCGCAACACGGAAGUACUUUUUUUUUUUUUUGUGUUGCUGACGACAAGCUGGUGACUCCUAGUUACAGGGCGGCAGCUUCGAUCGCACAUGGCAGACUAGGCACUUUUGCUAACCUUGCCUGGUGGGUUCUUCUAGAUUUAGCGAACUAACGUUAACUAGCUCAGUCUAGUCAAGUAGCCAACAAACAUUCAACACUGAAACUAAAAAGUUGAUUUCCUUGCUCAAGUAUGGGGAUGUGCUUACCGUGCCUUGGUGGACCUGGAAACGACUUGUCCACCACACCAGAUCGAGAGACAAGGAGACGUGAGCUGGCAGAGGCCGCUGAGAAGAGACAGAAAGAGACAACCUACAGGGGUGUCAAAAACCCCCAAGCAGUUGAGAGAAAUAAAAAGAAUAAGGAGAUGGAGAAACAAGAGAUGAGACCGUCUCCGCCUGGAGAAGGAGGAGGAGGAGGGCUGAAGUGGCAGGUAGGCUAAAGAUAGACAUGGAGAGAUCCUGGAAGUCUCAAUGUAGACUGAGGUUCAGCUAACAACAUGAAGAUGGUACCAGUUGACUUAAAGGCUUUUUUUUUUGAAUAUCAGCCCUUAUACUAGAUUUUUUAUUUUUAAAUGCAAGCUUUUUUUAGAGGCGAUUGUGUGUCUGCAUCUCUCAACUUCGUAGGAUAGUUUGCCGGGCUUCGACGCUGGUAAAAUAAAUAAAUAAAAGAUUCUGCUGCCCAAUGUUGGCCGUGUGAAUCACAGGACAUGCCUCCCUUAAUGCCAAGAUAUACAAGAGAAUAUGCAAGCCAGCCAAUGGAGCUUUGGGACAGGGUGGCGUAGCUAUGAAUAGAAUAUAAACACUCGGAGGAAAUAUGCUCUCACACUACAUCGAUAAACUGUACCAGGCGUCUUGCAGUGAACUCUCUCUCUUUGUGUUCUCUUUGUCCUCUCGCCUUUCUUUCUCUCAGCCAUUUCCACUUUAUCAGCUUUAACACCAUGGCGCUUACUUCUUUUGCAAUUGUUCAGACAUUUUGAACUUUGAGGAAUAUUCUUGUGAUCUAUUUACAGUAUAGUAUAUUUUCCUUCAAAAAUUAUUUUAUGCAACAAAGUCCUUUUUACUGUUCAAAAUAGGCCUAGAUGAUUCAAAUGUCAUUUUCUAUUGUAGAUCAGUGUGAAAAGAACUACGUUUCCCAUAGCUACUGAUGAACCACAUGUGAACGUUUUAGAGUUCCCGCACCAGCACUAUUCAGUUGACUUUUCUAUUGUAGAUCAGUGUGAAAAGAACUACGUUUCCCAUAGCUACUGAUGAAUGUUUUAGAGUUCCCGCACCAGCACUAUUCAGUUGACUUUUCUAUUGUAGAUCAGUGUGAAAAGAACUACGUUUCCCAUAGCUACUGAUGAAUGUUUUAGAGUUCCCGCACCAGCACUAUUCAGUUGACUUUUCUAUUGUAGAUCAGUGUGAAAAGAACUACGUUUCCCAUAGCUACUGAUGAAUGUUUUAGAGUUCCCGCACCAGCACUAUUCAGUUGACUUUUCUAUUGUAGAUCAGUGUGAAAAGAACUACGUUUCCCAUAGCUACUGAUGAAUGUUUUAGAGUUCCCGCACCAGCACUAUUCAGUUGACUUUUCUAUUGUAGAUCAGUGUGAAAAGAACUACGUUUCCCAUAGCUACUGAUGAAUGUUUUAGAGUUCCCGCACCAGCACUAUUCAGUUGACUUUUCUAUUGUAGAUCAGUGUGAAAAGAACUACGUUUCCCAUAGCUACUGAUGAAUGUUUUAGAGUUCACGCACCAGCACUAUUCAGUUGACUUCACUUUAGUGUUUGAUUUUCAUAUGUCUGUGCAAUAUAAGUUAUUUGCUACACGUUGUAUUGGUUUGUAAUGUAUGAAGAAAAUGCUAUAUUUUAAAUGAGGUAAGAAGUUUGAGUCGUGAAAGCCUGAUGAAAGUGUUUUAUGCGUGAAUAUUUCUUCUUUUUUUCCUCUCAUUUCAACCUGUUCAGUAAUAUUGUUGUCAUGACAAUGUUCCAGGAAUUAUUUUAUCCAAACAUACACCGGUGUCACAAUGUUCUUUCUUGGGUAUGCAGUCUGUUGUCAGGAUGGUAAUAGGACUACCGUUAUUCACCAGGUUUCGGUCCAUUUCAGUUCAGGAAGUACACUGAAAUUACAAUGAUCUGCAAUGCUUUUCAAUGAGGAACAUUUUUUUUGGAUUUACUUUCUGAAUUGAAAUAGAAUUGACCCCAACCCUGUCAUCCACUGGGGCGUACCUGUCCACGAUGAUAACUCUGCAGAUCUGUCAUCCACUGGGGCGUACCUGUCCACGAUGAUAACUCUGCAGAUCUGUCAUCCACUGGGGCGUACCUGUCCACGAUGAUAACUCUGCAGAUCUGUCAUCCACUGGGGCGUACCUGUCCACGAUGAUAACUCUGCAGAUCUGUCAUCCACUGGGGCGUACCUGUCCACGAUGAUAACUCUGCAGAUCUGUCAUCCACUGGGGCGUACCUGUCCACGAUGAUAACUCUGCAGAUCUCAGAAGGAAAUGGGAAGAGAGCCUGAACCAGCAGGUGUUAUUGUGCACUUGGAAGUAUUGCAUUUAUACCUGCCUUGCUUUUUAUACUUGAGGUUUCUUCUUCCUAUACCCACCUAGUGCUUCAAAGGCUCUUGCCAUUUUGAGGUGCAUGAAGUCACGCCAAUGUCAUUUUGUUGAAAUAAAGUUGUCAGAUGAC